CACUUCCGGCGGAUCAGGUUCGGCUGCCACGAGCCGCCGCGCGGGCCGGGCCAUGGCGGCGGCGGACGGAAGCGGCGCGGAGGCUGAGGCCGAGGAGGAGGAGGAGGAGCUGGCGCACGCAGAGGUGCUGGAGCUCUUCCAGGAGGGGCUGGUCAGGCUCGUGCAGGACCCGCUGCUGUGCGACCUCCCUGUGCAGGUCACCCCGGAGGAAAUCAACUCCCAAAUCGCGCUGGAGUACGGCCAGGCCAUGACGGUGCGCGUGUGCAAAGCCGACGAGGAAGUGAUGCCUGUAGUAGUGGUACAGAAUGCCAGUGUCCAGGACCUGAAGAAAGCCAUCCAGCGGUAUGUGCAGCUGAAACAGGAGCGGGAAGGAGGUAUACAGCAUGUUAGCUGGAAAUAUGUGUGGAGAACAUAUCACCUAACCUUUGCUGGAGAGAAACUGACAGACGACCGAAAGAAGCUGAGAGAGUAUGGGAUCAGAAAUCGGGAUGAAGUUUGCUUCAUAAAGAAGCUUCGAAAGUGACCUGUGAGAUGUACUGACCAGACAUGGGGUUUCUGGAGCCAGAUAGGCGGCUGCUGUUCCUGAGCAACUCUAAACUUAAGAAGAUGAAAGCAGAAGUGUGUCUUCCAUGGUGUCUGUUCUAGGAUCAUUUUGAAGCCAUCAAUGGAAGUGUAAAGGAGGCAUCACGUUCAGUACAAAGGAAUCGGUUCAACAGUAGACUGUUGUGAAAACAAACUGCCAAAGCACUGGAGCCCAUGAAAAACUAAUGCAGAUCUAGAUCCUCUACUUCAUUGUCGUAGUCUCAAGGAGCUUGUCUCUUGGUUCAGUAGAUGUGAUGUAGAGGUAUUGUGACAGGGUUCAUGGACUCUGUGUACCUGAAAUUGAUAAAAUUGGAAUGGGUAUAUGAUGGAUAGAAAACAAUUGACAUUAGGUAUCUAUCUAAUUCCUGUGGCAAGUGUAUCACUGCUAAUUCAAGGAUGAGAAUAUUAGUAUGUUAGAAGAAUUUUCUAUGAUGUUUCUCCUACAACAUCAUCUAGCUUCCACAGCUGAACAGUAAAAAUUACUGCCACAAAAUUCUCAGCCCUCCAGUGUUCCCAUUUUCUCUUGUAGAGGAUAGAGACCCUGUUGGUAUGACAAGGUCUCUUCGUUAUUGUCCAAGUUAAAUAGGUUAAACAUCACUAAGUUUCUGGAAGAUUGAGAUAGUAUGUGAGGUGAGUUGUCACUGACUCAUGUCUGACUUGCCUGGUUCCUGCUUUUUGUGGGGGCAGAGUGCUGUCUUGGGCCUGAACCACCCCCCCCCCCCCCCAAAUUACUCCUAUGGAUAAUAUCAACUUAAUUUUGCUUGCUGAGGAAGACUUUAUCUAUUGCCUUUCUAAGUAACAGCUAAACUGUGUUUAUGAAUUAAAAAAGCCAUUGUUCUUA